UCAUUAGCUAAUAAUCUAAAUAUUUUGUUUCAUUUUCACGUACUUAGCUUUUGUUAUGUUAAAUAGAUUAUUGAUAACCUUACUUCAUUAGUUUUAAAGACAUUUAUUAAUGCGUUAAAAAAACAUUGUUAUCGGUUCCAGUGAAGUCAUUUUGCUCGUGUUCGUUCGCUAGUUGGUUUGUUAUUCAUGUUAUGUGCGUCUUAAUAACGUGUUGGUGAGAUUAUUUUAAUAUAAAUGGCAACGUUACCAAGGACUCAUAAUUCAAAGCAUGGAAAUAGUCAUCCGUCACCGUUUAGCACAAGCCCGAGAAAGCUUCAAGAAAUGACGCUGCCCGUGCCCGAUUGUCACGAUGUUACUAAUGCCAGCGGAGUCAGUAUGAAACAAUAUGAAGAGCAAUUAAAUGGAUUGCGAAAGGAGAAUUUUCAUUUGAAAUUGAGGAUAUAUUUUCUUGAGGAAAAACUUGGCAAUGGUUCACCUCCAGCUGUCCAAGGUUUGCUAGAACAUAAUGUUAGAUUACAAGUAGAGGUAGAAGAACUGAGGAGGCAACUUUCUGAUAAGCAAGAACUCUUGGCCGCAGCGGCAGAAGCGAUUGAUGUGUUAGAACAGCAGGGGUCUAUUUCGACAGAUAGCGUUGAGGUUUCGAUGAAUAAUGCUCGCACGAGGAAGGAAGAUAAACCAUCUGAUAAGAUUUCAGAGAAGAAAGAGGUUUGCGAUGAUACUUGUGCUUCCGAGUCAGCUGGUGACCUUUUGGAUGUACCUGAUAAUCACGAUGACAUGAGUGAGCUUUUAAAGUUACGCAGAGAGAACAGAAAAGCUCUACAAAUGAUUAAAGGAUGCAUGAAGAAAAUUCAGCAACAAGAUAAGGAAAUUAAGAAAUUAAAAUUGAAUAAGGAAUUGGCAUAUGCGCAUGUGAGUGAUUCACAAUUAGAAAAAUAUGAAGAAAUAUUGAAAUGUAAAGAUGAACAUAUAAAGGACCUAGAAAGCAAAGUACGUGAAUUACAGAAAAAUGCAGAAAAUAUCCAAAAUGAUGAUACCACUGGAAAUCUGCAGCAAUUGUUAACCCGUCGCUUGCAAGGACUCGCAUACUUUUUAGACAAACUAUUGUCCCAUAAGUGUGUACUAGGCGAGGAGAAAAAGAAGCUUGCUGAAAGUAUUUUGGAACAAAGUUUAGCUUUACCUGUUGGUUUGAAAUUAGAUGAGUCUAUGGCACCUGAAGAAUUUACUAUGGACGAGAGUAAUCUCGACAUAUCACAAUCAUUUAGGAUAGAAGAUCUAACGAUGAUGUUUGGUCAUCACGUCAUGUGUAGCGGCGAUGACAACAAGUGCUCUUCCCGAAAACCCUUGAAACAUUUCCCGCAAGCCGAUGUUGUCUCUGAAUCUGAAUGUUGGUCAGAGCCAGACAGAAACGUUUCACUUGCGCGUGUUGGGCUCUGUGACACAGGUGUAAACGUCAGAGAAUCUACAUCUGAAAACAAUCGAUACAGAUCUCGUCGGUCUAGAGUUUCGUAUGGUUCUCGUUCAGAGGAUAAUAAAACUACAAACGAAUCCGCGAUGCUUGAUGAAAUUAACCAACUAACUCAGAGAAACGAGCUAUUGGAAGAAGAAAAUGUUGAUCUAAAGAGUAAAAUUGAGUUUGCUCAAAAACAGAUAGAUGAGCUUAUAUCAGAAAAAGAUGAAUUAAAAUCUGUUUUGAAUUCAGAACGUACUAGUCAUCUGGAAGCAAGGAAAGAUUUAGCUGUUAUGAAAAAUUCUAUUAUGACUCUAGAAUUAGAAAUUGAAACCUUAAAAAAUAAACUCACUGAAACUACGCAACUUAUUGAAAAGUUAAGAAUAGAAAGGCAAGAGUUAGAAUCGACAUAUAUGGAAACUGAGAGAGCUUUACGACGUGCUGCAGACGAGGCUACAGUACAAGCCUCGCAAGCUGCCCUUGAAAGGGCACGAGCCCAACAUGAUAGAUUAAAAAUUGAAAGAGAAUUAGAAGAAACACGAGAAAAAUUAUCUUGCGUAAUGGAAACAAAUGCUAAACUAGAAUUAGAAGCUACGCGUAGAGUUGCAAUUGAAAUCGAAAACAAAGCAGUUAUGCAACGUGAUGCUUUAUCAGAAGAAGAUAGACCAACGUCACCAGAUUUGGGCAUUGACAGUGAUAGAUUGUCCAGCUUGGAACAAAAUGACGCAGCUACUUUAUCACCACGUUCGUUAUAUGAAGAGAAUCAAACUCUAAAACAGAAACUUGCUAGAACUAAAGCUACACUAGCAGAUACUUUGUCACAACUAAAUGCAGCUAAUCUGAGAAAAAGAAGUGUACAACGUGCUAUUUGCCGAGAAAUACACAAGACCCAAGGAGUUUUGCGGAAAGCGCGGGAUCAGUUUGAAAACCAAAAUUAACAAAAUUUCUGUGUAAUAAGUUAUAACAAAAUAAUUUGUUUUAUUUACCCUGAUUGUUUUUCUAUUAGGUAUUUAAAACCAUUAUGAUAAAAUACUUAAUAAUUUUUACAUUUAUACCUACAAUUCAUACAUUAAGCCGGCAGGCAAGCUUGUUUUGUGAAAUUUAUAAUGUGUAAUAAUAAAGAUUUCAUAAAUAUAUUUUAGAAUCUAGUAUUGCUCUAACCCAUUAUUAUAUUUUAUAAAAUAUUUAGUUUGUGUAUUAAUUUUGUAAGUAGAGUAUCAUUGUUUACGGUGAAAAUAAAUAAUCCGCAAAAUUUAACAA